GAGAGACCUGUGCUGAAUGAGAACUAGCUGCAGAGCAUAGAGUGUCCUCGCAAUAGAAGAGGGAGAGUGUGAGCAGCUGCAGAGGGAGAGAGGGAUUGAUAAAGAGGAGCAGGGACCUAGAGCUUUAGACAGUGGAGUCAGAGAAAUUACCCACUAGAGAAAGACAUGUCCGAGGACAGGAUGGAGCAGCGAGCUCUAAAAUAUGAGCAAACGUUGAUGUAUGGUCGGUAUACCCAGGACCUUGGAGUUUAUGCCAAAGAGGAAGCAGCUCGAAUACGGCUCGAGAGAGGCCUGGAAAAACCUAGUCCUGAGGAGAAACCACGAGUAGCAGAGCUAAGGGAAUAUGAUGAGAGCCGAUGUACCAAGUGCAAAAUUUGCUGCGUGCACUCACAGCGGCUUUUGCUAUCACGUGUGGGGGAAGACUGGAUAUUCCUUAUUCUACUGGGUUUGCUCAUGGCCUUGGUGAGCUGGGCCAUGGACUUUACUAUAGCUAUAUGUCUGAAAGCACACAAGUGGAUGUAUGGCGGACUGGACAGUAAUGUUUUCCUGCAGUAUUUAGCUUGGGUCACAUACCCUGUCGUCUUGAUUACGUUCUCUGCAGGAUUUACGCAGAUCCUGGCUCCUCAGGCUGUGGGCUCUGGUAUACCAGAGAUGAAGACUAUCUUACGCGGUGUUGUGCUGAAAGAAUAUCUUACCCUGAAAACAUUUAUUGCUAAAGUCAUUGGGUUGACUUGUGCUCUUGGCAGUGGGAUGCCACUAGGCAAAGAGGGUCCCUUUGUUCACAUUGCCAGUAUGUGUGCGGCUCUGCUCAGCAAGUUCAUGUCGCUCUUUGGGGGAAUAUAUGAGAAUGAAUCCCGUAACAUUGAAAUGUUGGCUGCAGCCUGUGCUGUGGGGGUUGGAUGCUGUUUUGCUGCUCCCAUUGGAGGUGUCCUGUUCAGCAUCGAAGUCACCUCUACAUUUUUUGCUGUCCGAAAUUACUGGCGUGGAUUCUUUGCUGCUACAUUCAGUGCUUUUAUCUUCAGAGUGCUUGCAGUAUGGAACAAAGAUGAGGAGACUAUCACAGCGCUGUUUAAAACACGUUUUCGUCUCGAUUUCCCUUUUGACCUGCAGGAGCUGCCAGCAUUUGCUGUGAUUGGAAUUGCCAGUGGUUUUGGAGGAGCUCUCUUUGUAUAUUUAAAUCGUAAGAUUGUGGAAUUUAUGAGAAAGCAGAAAGCAAUUAACAGAUUCCUGAUGAAGAAGCGCCUGCUGUUCCCUGCUCUGGUCACCCUGCUCAUUGCAACUCUCACCUUCCCUCCAGGAUUUGGUCAGUUCAUGGCUGGACAGCUCACACAGAAAGAAACUUUGGUGACACUGUUUGACAACUGCACAUGGGCUCAACAGGGCAUCUCAGAAGACUUUUUGUUCCAUGGAAUCUCCAGUGCAUGGAAACAUCCCAAGGCCAAUGUCUUUGUCACGCUAGUCGUUUUCAUUCUUAUGAAGUUCUGGAUGUCUGCUCUGGCGACCACAAUCCCAGUUCCUUGUGGAGCCUUCAUGCCGGUCUUUGUGAUUGGGGCUGCAUUUGGCCGGCUGGUGGGAGAAAGUAUGGCUGCCUGGUUUCCUGAUGGGAUUCACUCAGAUGGAAAUACGUACCGGAUUGUGCCAGGUGGCUAUGCUGUAGUUGGUGCAGCAGCACUCUCUGGGGCCGUCACACACACUGUGUCUACAGCGGUAAUAGUGUUUGAACUCACAGGACAGAUCUCACAUAUUUUACCAGUGAUGAUUGCAGUGAUUUUGGCAAACGCGGUGGCUCAGAGUCUGCAGCCCUCAUUAUAUGACAGUAUUAUCCGAAUAAAGAAACUACCGUACCUGCCGGAGCUGGGGUUUGGUCACCAAGAAAGAUAUAAUGUUCGGGUUGAGGACAUUAUGCUGAGGAAUGUUCCCUUUGUGACUCUUGGUUCCAAAUACCGCGAUCUUCAAGAGCUGCUGACAAAUUCCCGACUGAAGAGUAUGGCACUGGUGGAAACAGCAGAGUCUAUGAUCUUGCUUGGCUCCAUUGAUCGCAAUCAGUUGGUGUCUUUACUGCGCAAUCAGCUCAGCACAAAACGAAGGCUGCAUCAGCUCCGGGAAAGAGAAUAUGGAGAAAGGAAGGAAGCAGACAGUUGUGUGCGAUUCCAGAUUGGAACAGAACAGUCUACAUUAUCACUGUCUCGAAUUGAGAGUGGGAAGCCUUUGAAACCAGCCUUAAAACGAAGCCUUAGUAGCCGGAACGAACUUCCUCCAGAUGGUACUGAUAACUCAAUUACUGCCUUGAAAAGCAUCUUCUGCACAAGAGAUUUCAGCGACCCCAUGGAGGGAGAAGAUAUGGAUGAAAUAGAUACGAUGACUCCAUCACAGAUAUUAGAGUGGGAAGAGCUGCAACUGGAAGAACCAAUUAACUUUAACAACUGCAAAAUAGACCCUGCACCUUUCCAGCUGGUGGAGAGAACGUCAUUGCAUAAAGCACAUACAGUUUUCUCGUUGCUGGGGAUGGAUCAUGCAUAUGUGACAAGUAUAGGACGUCUCAUUGGAAUGGUGACCUUGAGAGAGCUCCGUAAAGCUAUAGAGGGCUCAGUAACUGUAAAAGGUGCAAAAGUGCGCCCCCCGUUAGCCAGCUUCAGAGAUAGCACUACAAGUGGCAGCGAUACAGAGACCACAAGCAUUCACAAACUGUGGGAAAGAAGCCAGCGGCAUCUCCUUCCGCGUGAAUCAAGCCCUUCUGAUAGCGAUGACAAAUGACAGAGGUCUCCAUAUACUGAUGUUCUUUACUUGCCCACUGGGGAACUAUAGGAUUAAAUCUUUGCCAUCAAUUCAUACUUUGACUGUCAAAAUCAUUGUUGAUCCUUCCGAUUUUUGUCUUCCACCUUGGGGAGCAACAGAAGUUGGUUUAACAGGACUGGCUUCCCCUACACAAGUGCCUUAUUACUUCACACUGAAGUGAACUUGGAGUUUGUGAUUUAAAAAAAUGAGUAAGGAGAAGAUGAGUAAGAGCUACAAGGGGUGUGAUCUUGCACAAAGGAACUUAGAAGGAGCUGACCAUAAAUCUAUAACCCACCCCCCUCACAUCUCAGCUCCUGUAUUGGGUGGUGGAAGUUUUACCAUGUUCAUUACCCACUGCCACCCAUUUUCUAGUCAUUUAAUAAAAACAUUUUUUAAUUGAG